CAUCUAUUUUCUGUCUCUGUGAUAGUUACUUGUUCCGUACCGCUGUUCGCUUUUGACUCUGUUUCUUGCGCUGUGUACGCUGUUAACUCCUAGUCAUCCCGGCCGCUGGAUUGAGCUACCGACUGGUUGCCGGGUUUAUUUUUCGCUGAGCAGUCUCGUUGCGCCGCCCUCUCUCACUGGAGUUUAUCACCAGUGAACGAGACCGACGUUGUAUAUAGAUAGAUAUAUAUAUAAGUACACCCGGCCUAUCGCUCGCGUGGUCUCCGGCUGAGAUAUACCUUAUGUCAAAGUCUGAGAGCGGCCAGUGUCUAAGAUCCAGCAGAAUGGUGACCAGCCUUGACGACAUCCAGUCCUUGAGAUUCUGGAAGGCCAUAGCCGCGGAGUUCUUGGGCACCUUUCUCUUGGUGUUCGUCGGCUGCGGCUCCUGCAUCACCAUCAACGAUGACGCCAAGCCUACGGUGGUGCAGAUCGCGCUCUGCUUCGGCCUCAGCGUCGCCACCAUCGUGUGGAGUAUCUGUCACAUCAGCGGCGGCCACAUCAACCCCGCCGUGACGACGGCAAUGUUUGCGGCCAGGAAAAUCAGUCUUGCGCGGAUGGUCUUCUACGUCAUCUUUCAGCUCGUGGGUGCCGUGGUCGGAGCGGGGCUGUUGCUGGGGGUGACGCCCGAGUCCAAUGCCGGGACCCUAGGGAUGACGCAGCUAGCGGAAGGGGUGGACCCGGGGAUGGGUCUAGGGGUGGAGAUCUUCAUCACCUUUGUCCUGGUGUUCACCGUGUUCGCUUCUGUCGAUUCCAGACGUAAAGAUCUCAAUGGAUCCACGCCACUGUCUAUCGGUCUGUCUGUCACCAUGUGCCAUCUGUUUGCCGUUCCAUACACUGGGUCCAGUAUGAACGUAGCCAGAAGUUUCGGGCCGGCCAUGGUGAUGUGGAAAUGGAACAAUCACUGGGUUUACUGGGUUGGACCACUCGCCGGCGGGCUGGUCGCGGGGCUCCUCUACGAGACUCUGUUUGCGACGAAUGCUUCGAUCAUCAAGGCCAAGGCGUGCAUCCUCUCCAGUGACUAUGACGAAGAGAAGUACGAGGCGCAGAAAGUGAAGAUCCGGAUAAUCGACGAGUCGGUCGAACCCGAGACCAUCAAGCUGAAGGAAGCGGAAGACGGCAAGAUUGGCGUGGAGGAGGAACCCACAGCAGAAUAAAGUCUCGUCCAGACGAGAUCCCGCGUGAUUUCGUUGUAUCCAUCCAGGAAUUAUAAGAAAUCUGAUUGGAGAGAUUGUGUUGGUGGUGUAACUUAUUUAACUGAAACGGAUAGCGGGGUGGGGAGGGUAAUUGUCAGGGAGUGAGUGGUGAUGGGGUGGGGACGCAGGGUGGUUUUAAGUUAUGAUGAAAUCCGUUACUAGGCUACAUAGAAGAUGUAGGGGCCUAUUUCUCUCUUGAAUGUGUUUAAAUUAAUCAAAUUUGUUCUUGCUAAAUUGUAAAUAUUCAUGCUAAAACCAUGAAGGGCCAAUAUUUUAUUGAAAUAUUCUUAUUUUGUAAUAAUGUAAUAUAAUAACUAUAGCCUGGCCCCUGGCGGAGUCACACGUUGUGUUCGGAAUGGGUAUGUCUGAAGAACUUAAACUUGAACUUCAGUCUUAAAUGGAUAUAAGCAUUUAAAUAGUUUUGACCCUCACCAUGAAGACAGGCUUAUACUAGCAAUCUUACUUUAUUUAACCAGAUUCAGAACUUAACCCGUCUGCAGACUUCACUACAACUGUUUAUGUGAGCGAACCUUGAUUUUAUAAACACUGAACCAGUAUAUUUAAGACAUAAGCUGCUGAAAACUCAGGAAAACCGCCGAAAAGUAAAGAAAAAGUCUAAACUUAUGGAAGUUUCACUCAAAUUACUCUGUCUAGUUGCUCCGAAGCCUAAAGUUUGCUUGUAGUUCCAGAAGACAUAAGCUAAUGAACAUCCAUGAAAACAGAUGAAAAGUAAAGAAAAAGUAUACUCUUUUGGAAUAGUCUCACUCAAAUUACCAGAGUGUUAUUGUGAAGAAACAAAAUUGGUGUUACAUGGUUGUACAUGAUUACUGUUGUCCCUUUGCCCCAUUCAAGCCCAUUAUUUUCUACACAUUCUGGCACCUCAUAUUUAUCACCUUUGAAUAUCCAGUUCUACGUGUCAAGGUUAAUCUUAAAGUGUCUCUCUAACCGAGAUAAGAACAAGAAUGGUAUAUUUAUAAAUUGUGUUAAGAUAAGGGGAAACAUCAUAUAAAGUAUUUGUAAACUGUAUUAUGGUAUUGGAAAAACAAAAAGGUAUAUAUUUGUAAACUGCGUUUCAUGAGCUAUGUGGAAAACGAAACGUUUUAUACAAAUUUAAUUAAAUUAUUGUUUAAGAUUUGAAUGAAACAAAAUGGUAUUUGUAAAUUGUGUUAAGAUAAGGGGAAAACAUGAUAUUAUGUAUUUGUAAGCUGUAUUACGGUAUUGGAAAAACAAAAAGGUAUCUAUUUGUAAACUGUGUUGAGAAAUGUGGAAACGAAAUGGUUUAUACAAAUUUAUCAUUUAAGAUUUGAAUGAAACAAAAUGGUAUUUGUAAAUUAUGUUAAGAUAAGGGGAAAACAUGAUGUUAUGUAUUUGUAAACUGUAUUAUGAUAUUGGAAAAACAAAAAGAUAUCUAUUUGUAAGCUGCAUUGCUCAGAUAUGUAAAAAAAAAAAAAAAGAAAAAAAAAAAGGUUUAUAUAAAGGAGUAAAUUGUUAAAAUAUGAGGGGGGGGGGGGGGGGGGGUAACAAUAGCAAGAACUCGAGUAAUCGUGUUUACUACUGAUAACAAAAUGGUUUGCAUUUCUAAAUUGUGUUAAGAUCAGAGAAAACCUGCCACUCGUAGUUACCAAAUUAUUGUUUGGGGCAUAAUUUCCAAAGUGAAAUCUACUGAAAGAAAUUGCUUCUCAGUACUUUAUUUUUGAAAUUUUACCGAGGCUGAGCGAUGCUCCCGGACAAGAAAGAACCGGGCACCUGGUUGCAGUUGUUAAACACACUUUGCUCACUGACACCUAUCACUGAGUGCGUAUGCAUAUUUCAAAAGCCAAAUUACUUUCUCCGAGACUGGCAGAUAACAACGGUCGUAAACCAUGUGCGAGAUUUGGGCGUGUAGUGCGGAAACCUGAUGCAUUUAUCUAAUCUAUUGUUAUUGAUAGCUGCAUUUACGUAAAAAGCAGCGCGCCUAUUUUUCUCGUGCCUCGCCCUCACCGUGUCAAAAUCCGACUUAAAAAUGUUCAUGGGAUUCUUUGAAAAUGUUUCAAAACGAACGAUAACUCUGUUUAACAUUUGUGACAUGAAAAUGUCUUUUCACUGCCAAGGUUCCACGUCAUAUAUUAUACGUGUGGUUCCGUUCACUCGUUUGAUUAUUUGCCACUGUGUACAGGGUGUAAUUAUGUAAUAAUGCGCUCAUCUGUAACUCAUUACCGGGCAUGUUAUAUUAAUUAAUAAUCUAGUAGAUAAAGGCUCACCUGUAUGAAGAUUACAAAUUGCGUGUUUGCGCGUUUGUUUAUCGGCAUUUAGGAAUUCGUGUACAAGUAUUUUUUUUAUUGCUCGAGUGCGUUGGCUGAAUGUAUACACGAAUGAUUGAUUGAUUAAUUAAUUAAUUAAAUCUUUUGGGAUAUCGUCAUUAAUUAAUUAGUGAAUUAAUUAAUGACGAGAUUCCAAAACAAAAAGUUAUUUUGGUGUCAAUUUUAACGAUAAUGAACAGAUCGACUGAAAAUAUAAUUUUAAGGGCCUAUAAAAAUAAAGUAUUUUAAAUUAUGCAGCUAAAUGAUCUGAAACAGAGCUAUGGCGCACUCUUUUUUUAUUACAAUUAUGCAGAAAUGCUAGUGUAUGUAUGUAUGUAUGUAUGUAUUAUAUAUAUAUAUAUAUAUAUAUAUAUAUAUAUAUAUAUAUAUAUAUAUUAAACUAAUGUCCAAAAAAAAGUAUACACUGUGUUUGGGAAAACCAUGGAAUGAAAACAAAAGCAUGUAGAAAAUCAAUGUGUAUAUAUUUCAUUAGAUGAGACUCUUGCCAUCUAGUGUGAACAAUGUCAGAUCAUUCAAACAUGGAAAUAGCGCCUGACUGAGACCCACAAACACGGGGGGGGGGGGGGGGGGGGGGGGGGGGUCAGGUUGUGAAAAUGCACAGUACGAUAAUUGUUCAAAAAGUCUUCAUGAUCUGUAAAAUGUCAUUCAAUUUUCAGCAAAAUGUCAUCAAAUGUCGAAUUAAUAGUGUGCAUGCCCACCAUGCGCAUUAAUACACGCCAUAACACGUCGACGCACUGAUGACGUAAGACGACGAAUGACGUUAGGCGUGAUGCGUUGCCAUUCCUGAAGGAGACAUUGUUCCAGUUGAGUGGUGAUUGGUGCCACUGGCCGUCCUCUAACUUGCCGAUCCAGGUAGUCCCAUAAGUGCUCAAUGGGAUUCAUGUCUGGAGAACAUGCUGGCCACGGUAAAACAUUGAUGUUGGCGUUAUUAAGAAAGUCGAUGGUGAGCCUUGCCGUACGAGGUCUCGCAUUGUCGUGCUGGUAGACAAUGCCAUGUGGUUGUUGCUGCAUAAAUGGCUGCACAACGGGUCGCAAAAUUUCAUCAUGAUAUCUUUGAGCAUUCAGGUUGCCGUGAAUAAUAACGAGCCUCAUUUUCAGAUCACCGCAGAUCCCUCCCCAAACCAUGACGCUACCGCCUCCAAAUGGGUGAACUUGUUGAACACAAUUUGGCGCCACACGUUCACCUAAUCGUCUGUAUACUCGUGCCCUACCAUCAUUCCUGAACAGGCAGAACCUACUCUCAUCCGUGAACAUCACGCGUCGCCAGUUACGCACUUGCCAACGUCGAUAUCGCCUGGCCCAUAUCAGUCGGUUACGUCGGUGUUGAGGUGUCAUGUGAACUCCGCGGUAGGCUCGACGUGCUCGAAUACCGAAGUUUCUUAAUCGGCGAUACACUGUCUGUCGACAGAUCCGAUGUCCCAGUGCCGUCGCUGCCGUUGACGUCGCCGUCAUGAAGCGGUCCCUCAGAUGAAUGGUCCGGAUGUGACGAUCCUCACCUGGCGUGGUGACUCGUUGUCUACCGCGUGGCCGGUUUGUAGUAGACGUUGCAUCAGUCUGCUGACCGUGACGCGGGUGCAGCCGAGCGUUCUUGCAAUGGCGGUGUUUGUGGCUCCUUGCUGGGCCAUUCCAAUAGCUCUCUCCAUCUCAAUACUGCUUAAUCGUGGCAUAACUUUGGUGUGCUUUUGAUUGCUGUGCUCGUGACCUGUCGGACAAGCUGUUUUAUACCAGCAGUCUGCACGUGGAUUUCGUGCUACAUCACCCAAAGUCGUUUUUCCAUUUAAUGCGGUAUUUGCGUACAGUGUCAAUUUGUUUCGCGUUUGGUUCUCGGAAAUGAUGUGUUUGUACAUGUUUAAGUAUUGUUUUAUCAAAUAUUGCUCAUUUCGAUGAAACUUAUUAAUAUUUUUAGUGUGUAUACUUUCUUUUGGACACUAGUUUAUAUAUAUAAUUUAUAUUUAGUUUUCAAUGUGCGCGAAAAACGGAUGCUUCAUAAACUCGAUUGUGUUUAUCAAUAAAAGUGUCAAUAAAUAGGCCGAUGCGCGGCGCCGUCUUUGGUAGCCAUACCAGCGCCACGUCAAAAAAGAAUAGGCCUAUCAAAUCAGAAGUAAGUUAAACAUUUGUUUGUUUCUUUAACGUUUGUUAAUUUUUAAAUGAAAAAAACCCAUUUAGUCACGAGUGAAUUUAAAUCAAUGUUUAAAAACAAAAUCAUGGUGCUUAACAAACUCUGUUUUAGCCGUUUCAUGUGGACUAAAUACCGUAUAAUACUAUAUGCAAUAAAUUUGUAUUCCUUUAACAGUA